CUUUGAGCACAACGUGGUCAUUCCAAAACUCCGGCACGUCUGAGGUACGACGUGUCAGCCAGCGAUUACCAUGCCGUCCAAAUCGCGUUUAACACCGUGCAGAAUGACCGGCUGGGUCAUGUCGGCCACGCCCGUUGUUUUACUCUACAUCGCGGUAACCAUUCUCUUUGUGCUGACGUUUGUUUCGAAUCCAUGCUGUGUGGAACAUACGGAACAGGUUGGACGUAUACCAAAAGCAACAUCGGACGAACUUGUAAACAAUCAUAAAGGCUCAAGAGUGAAGCGGCUUACCAUGUCGUCAUGUACCGGCAGUCAGUUCCGAUGUGAUGACGGUCAUUGCAUACCUUUCACAUUCGUCUGUGAUCAACACCAGGGCGACUGUGUAGGAGGGGAGGAUGAGAGAAACUGCCAAAGUAAUGUAUGCGCCGAAGACCAGUACCGCUGCCCAAGUGGGAAAUGUAUCCCCAACUACUGGAUAUGUGACACUUCUAAUGACUGCCCAGAUGGAGCGGAUGAGAGCAAGUUCGAUUGUCAGGGAAGACAGUGUAGUACUGGACAAUUCAGAUGCAACACAGGUUCCUGCUUGCCGAUGCCAUUCAGCUGUGAUGGUGAUACAGAUUGCAAGGAUGGCGAGGACGAAGUCACAUGCUCCGCUACUCAACAGUGCAAAUCAGGACAGUUCCAGUGUACCAACGGUCAAUGCAUACCAGUGAGUAAGAGAUGCAAUCAAGUCAAAGACUGCAGCUCUGGCGAGGAUGAACUUGACUGUCAGGAUCCUUGUCCCCAAGGAUUUCGCUGCAAGGCAGGAAACUGCAUCCAUCAAGCUUCAGUCUGCAACAAGGUACCGGACUGUGCUUCUGGCGAGGAUGAGCUUAACUGCCCAGAAAGAUGCCUCAACCAGUUUGAAUGCCACAACGGCAACUGUGUAGACUUGGACAAGAGAUGCGAUGGAAGGGAGCACUGUUUGACCGGAGAGGACGAGAACCAGUGCCCAACUGUUUGCAGUAGUCUUCAGUUUCGCUGCGCAAGAAGUCGGAAGUGUCUAAGCAGAGAGUAUGUUUGUGAUGGCGUGGUUGACUGCAGUGCGGAGGAGGAUGAGCAGAAUUGUUCACCCUGCCCUGGUCAGUAUAACUGUGGGACUGUCUGUAUCUCUUUAGCACAAGUAUGUGAUGGCCAGGUUGACUGUCCUGGAGGAGUUGACGAGGGGAGCUGUCAGAGAAGAUGUUCUGUGGGCGAGUAUCGUUGUCACAAUUCAAAUUGUAUACCGCAGAGGGGUGUUUGUGAUGGCACGGUGGACUGCCCAGCUGGUGAUGAUGAGGUUAACUGUCGAGGAAGGGCCUGCACGAUAAACCAGUACAAAUGCCGUGAAGGAUUGUGUAUCGCCAAUAAUCGAGUCUGUAAUAAUCGGGUCGACUGCGCUGGUGGUGAAGACGAAAAGAACUGCCCAAAACUCACCAGGUGCAUGAUAGGAAUUCUACCCGUUGAAUGCAAUAAUGGACUGUGCAUCUCUUCAAGUCAAAUUUGUAAUGGUCAAAGUGAUUGUCCCGAAGGUGAAGAUGAACGUGGCUGCCAGGAUGUUGGCUGCUUGGCUAACCAGUUCAGGUGCAACGAUGGUAGAUGCAUUUCACAGAGCCUUGUGUGCAACCGUGUCAGUAACUGCAUUGGUGGAGAGGAUGAACAGAACUGUCGUGUUUGUUCAGUGAACGAGUUUAGAUGUAGUGACAGUCGCUGUGUCACAUCCUCACAAGUUUGCAAUGGACAGAACGAUUGUGUAUCGGGGGAAGAUGAACAGAACUGUAAUGGUUGUUCGGGGAAUGAGUUCCGUUGCAGAGAUGGUCGAUGUAUCCAGCCAGCCUUGGUAUGUAAUCGACAGUCUGACUGCAUUGGCGGCGAGGACGAGUUGAAUUGUCCUGGCUGCUCCACAAACCAGUUCCGAUGUUCUGAUGGUCGAUGCAUCUUAUCUUCACACGUUUGUAACUCGCAAAGGGAUUGUUCAGAUGGUGCUGAUGAGUUGAACUGUAAUGUGUGCACAUCAAAUGAUUUUUUGUGCAAUGAUGGUCAGUGUAUUUCCUCGAGUAAACUUUGUAAUCGACAGUCUGACUGUGCCGGAGGUGAAGAUGAACAUAAUUGCCAUGGUUGUAUCACAAACGAGUUUAAGUGUACUGACAAUAGCUGCAUCAUGUCAGUCCAAGUUUGUAACGGAAUGAAUGACUGUCCCAACGGCGAAGACGAAGUAGAUUGUGAUGAUUGCCUGCCAAACGAAUUCCGUUGUAGUGAUGGUCAAUGUAUUCAGUCAACUCAGAUAUGUAAUCGACAGAAUGACUGUUCCAGUGGUGAGGAUGAGUUGAAUUGUCCUGGCUGCUUGUCAAAUGAGUUCCGAUGCAGAGAUGGUCAAUGUAUUCUUGCAACUCGGGUAUGUAAUCGCCAGAAUGACUGUUCCAGUGGUGAAGACGAGUUGAAUUGUCCUGGCUGCUUGUCAAAUGAGUUCCAGUGCAGAGAUGGUCAAUGUAUUCUUGCAACUCGGGUAUGUAAUCGACAGAAUGACUGUUCCCGUGGUGAAGACGAGUUGAAUUGUCCUGGCUGCUUGUCAAAUGAGUUCCAGUGCAGAGAUGGUCAAUGUAUUCAGUCAACUCAGAUAUGCAAUCGACAGAAUGACUGUUCCAGUGGUGAGGAUGAGUUGAAUUGUCCUGGCUGCUUGUCAAAUGAGUUCCAGUGCAGAGAUGGUCAAUGUAUUCUUGCAACUCGGAUAUGCAAUCGACAGAAUGACUGUUCCGGUGGUGAAGAUGAGUUGAAUUGUCCUGGCUGCUUGUCGAAUGAGUUCCAGUGCAGAGAUGGUCAAUGUAUUCUUGCAACUCAAAUAUGCAACCGACAGAAUGACUGUUCCAGUGGUGAAGAUGAGUUGAAUUGUCCUGGCUGCUUGUCAAAUGAGUUCCAGUGCAGAGAUGGCCAAUGUAUUCUUGCAACUCAGAUAUGCAACCGACAGAAUGACUGUUCCAGUGGUGAAGACGAGUUGAAUUGUCCUGGCUGCUUGUCAAAUGAGUUCCAGUGCAGAGAUGGUCAAUGUAUUCUUGCAACUCGGGUAUGCAAUCGACAGAAUGACUGUUCCAGUGGUGAAGAUGAGUUGAAUUGUCCUGGCUGCUUGUCAAAUGAGUUCCAGUGCAGAGAUGGCCAAUGUAUUCUUGCAACUCAGAUAUGCAAUCGACAGAAUGACUGUUCUGGUGGUGAAGAUGAGUUGAAUUGUCCUGGCUGCUUGUCAAAUGAGUUCCAGUGCAGAGAUGGUCAAUGUAUUCUUGCAACUCAAAUAUGCAACCGACAGAAUGACUGUUCCAGUGGUGAAGAUGAGUUGAAUUGUCCUGGCUGCUUGUCAAAUGAGUUCCAGUGCAGAGAUGGCCAAUGUAUUCUUGCAACUCAAAUAUGUAAUCGACAGAAUGACUGUUCCAGUGGUGAAGAUGAGUUGAAUUGUCCUGGCUGCUUGUCAAAUGAGUUCCAGUGCAGAGAUGGUCAAUGUAUUCUUGCAACUCGAGUAUGUAAUCGCCAGAAUGACUGUUCCAGUGGUGAAGAUGAGUUGAAUUGUCCUGGCUGCUUGUCGAAUGAGUUCCAGUGCAGAGAUGGUCAAUGCAUUUUGUCAACACGCGUAUGUAAUCGACAGAAUGACUGUUCCAGUGGUGAAGAUGAGUUGAACUGUCCUGGCUGCUUGUCGAAUGAGUUCCAAUGCUCUGAUGGUCGAUGCAUCUUAUCUUCACAAGUUUGUAAUUCGCAAAGAGAUUGUUCAGAUGGUGCUGACGAAUUGAUCUGUAAUAUCUGUGCAGCAAAUGACUUCUUAUGCAACGAUGGUCAGUGUAUUUCCUCGAGUAAACUUUGUAAUCGACAGUCUGACUGUGCCGGAGGUGAAGAUGAACAUAAUUGCCAUGGUUGUAUCACAAAUGAGUUUAAGUGUACUGACAACAGCUGCAUCAUGUCAGUCGAAGUUUGUAACGGAAUGAAUGACUGCCCAAACGGCGAAGACGAGGUAGAUUGUGAUGAUUGCCUGCCAAACGAAUUCCGUUGUAGUGAUGGUCAAUGUAUUCAGUCAACUCAGAUAUGUAAUAGACAGAAUGACUGUUCCAGUGGUGAGGAUGAGUUGAAUUGUCCUGGCUGCUUGUCAAAUGAGUUCCAAUGCAGAGAUGGUAAAUGUAUUCUGUCGACUUUGGUAUGUAAUCGACAGAAUGACUGUUCCGGUGGUGAAGAUGAGUUGAAUUGUCCUGGCUGCUUGUCAAAUGAGUUCCAGUGCAGAGAUGGCCAAUGUAUUCUUGCAACUCAGAUAUGCAAUCGACAGAAUGACUGUUCUGGUGGUGAAGAUGAGUUGAAUUGUCCUGGCUGCUUGUCAAAUGAGUUCCAGUGCAGAGAUGGUCAAUGUAUUCUUGCAACUCAAAUAUGCAACCGACAGAAUGACUGUUCCAGUGGUGAAGAUGAGUUGAAUUGUCCUGGCUGCUUGUCAAAUGAGUUCCAGUGCAGAGAUGGUCAAUGUAUUCUUUCAACUCGGGUAUGUAAUCGACAGAAUGACUGUUCCAGUGGUGAAGAUGAGUUGAAUUGUCCGGGCUGCUUAUCGAAUGAGUUCCAGUGCAGAGAUGGUCAAUGUAUUAUGGCAACUCUGAUAUGUAAUCGACAGAAUGACUGUUCCGGUGGUGAAGACGAGUUGAAUUGUCCUGGCUGCUUGUCAAAUGAGUUCCAGUGCAGAGAUGGUCAAUGUAUUCUUGCAACUCGAGUAUGUAAUCGCCAGAAUGACUGUUCCAGUGGUGAAGAUGAGUUGAAUUGUCCUGGCUGCUUGUCGAAUGAGUUCCAGUGCAGAGAUGGUCAAUGCAUUUUGUCAACACGCGUAUGUAAUCGACAGAAUGACUGUUCCAGUGGUGAAGAUGAGUUGAACUGUCCUGGCUGCUUGUCGAAUGAGUUCCAAUGCUCUGAUGGUCGAUGCAUCUUAUCUUCACAAGUUUGUAAUUCGCAAAGAGAUUGUUCAGAUGGUUCUGACGAAUUGAUCUGUAAUAUCUGUGCAGCAAAUGACUUCUUAUGCAACGAUGGUCAGUGUAUUUCCUCAAGUAAACUUUGUAAUCGACAGUCUGACUGUGCCGGAGGUGAAGAUGAACAUAAUUGCCAUGGUUGUAUCACAAAUGAGUUUAAGUGUACUGACAAUAGCUGCAUCAUGUCAGUCCAAGUUUGUAACGGAAUGAAUGACUGUCCCAACGGCGAAGACGAAGUAGAUUGUGAUGAUUGCCUGCCAAACGAAUUCCGUUGUAGUGAUGGUCAAUGUAUUCAGUCAACUCAGAUAUGUAAUAGACAGAAUGACUGUUCCAGUGGUGAGGAUGAGUUGAAUUGUCCUGGCUGCUUGUCAAAUGAGUUCCAAUGCAGAGAUGGUAAAUGUAUUCUGUCGACUUUGGUAUGUAAUCGACAGAAUGACUGUUCCGGUGGUGAAGAUGAGUUGAAUUGUCCUGGCUGCUUGUCAAAUGAGUUCCAGUGCAGAGAUGGCCAAUGUAUUCUUGCAACUCAGAUAUGCAAUCGACAGAAUGACUGUUCCAGUGGUGAGGAUGAGUUGAAUUGUCCUGGCUGCUUGUCAAAUGAGUUCCAGUGCAGAGAUGGUCAAUGUAUUCUUGCAACUCGGAUAUGCAAUCGACAGAAUGACUGUUCCGGUGGUGAAGAUGAGUUGAAUUGUCCUGGCUGCUUGUCGAAUGAGUUCCAGUGCAGAGAUGGUCAAUGUAUUCUUGCAACUCAAAUAUGCAACCGACAGAAUGACUGUUCCAGUGGUGAAGAUGAGUUGAAUUGUCCUGGCUGCUUGUCAAAUGAGUUCCAGUGCAGAGAUGGUCAAUGUAUUCUUUCAACUCGGGUAUGUAAUCGACAGAAUGACUGUUCCAGUGGUGAAGAUGAGUUGAAUUGUCCGGGCUGCUUAUCGAAUGAGUUCCAGUGCAGAGAUGGUCAAUGUAUUAUGGCAACUCUGAUAUGUAAUCGACAGAAUGACUGUUCCGGUGGUGAAGACGAGUUGAAUUGUCCUGGCUGCUUGUCAAAUGAGUUCCAGUGCAGAGAUGGUCAAUGUAUUCUUGCAACUCGGGUAUGUAAUCAACAGAAUGACUGUUCCGGUGGUGAAGAUGAGUUGAAUUGUCCUGGCUGCUUGUCAAAUGAGUUCCAGUGCAGAGAUGGUCAAUGUAUUCUUGCAACUCGGGUAUGUAAUCGCCAGAAUGACUGUUCCAGUGGUGAAGAUGAGUUGAAUUGUCCUGGCUGCUUGGCGAAUGAGUUCCAGUGCAGAGACGGUCAAUGUAUUCUUGCAACUCGGAUAUGCAAUCGACAGAAUGACUGUUCCGGUGGUGAAGAUGAGUUGAAUUGUCCUGGCUGCUUGGCGAAUGAGUUCCAGUGCAGAGACGGUCAAUGUAUUCUUGCAACUCGGGUAUGUAAUCGACAGAAUGACUGUUCCGGUGGUGAAGAUGAGUUGAAUUGUCCUGGCUGCUUGUCAAAUGAGUUCCAGUGCAGAGAUGGUCAAUGUAUUCUUGCAACUCGGGUAUGUAAUCACCAGAAUGACUGUUCCAGUGGUGAAGAUGAGUUGAAUUGUCCUGGCUGCUUGGCGAAUGAGUUCCAGUGCAGAGAUGGUCAAUGUAUUCUUGCAACUCGGGUAUGUAAUCGCCAGAAUGACUGUUCCAGUGGUGAAGAUGAGUUGAAUUGUCCUGGCUGCUUGUCGAAUGAGUUCCAGUGCAGAGAUGGUCAAUGCAUUUUGUCAACACGCGUAUGUAAUCGCCAGAAUGACUGUUCCGGUGGUGAAGAUGAGUUGAAUUGUCCUGGCUGCUUGUCAAAUGAGUUCCAGUGCAGAGAUGGUCAAUGUAUUCUUGCAACUCAGGUAUGUAAUCGACAGAAUGACUGUUCAAUUGGUGAAGAUGAGUUGAAUUGUCCUGGCUGCUUGUCAAAUGAGUUCCAGUGCAGAGAUGGUCAAUGUAUUCUUGCAAUUCGGGUAUGUAAUCGACAGAAUGACUGUUCCAGUGGUGAAGAUGAGUUGAAUUGUCCUGGCUGCUUGGCGAAUGAGUUCCAGUGCAGAGAUGGUCAAUGUAUUCUUGCAACUGGGGUAUGUGAUCGACAGAAUGACUGUUCCAGUGGUGAAGACGAGUUGAAUUGUCCUGGCUGCUUGGCGAAUGAGUUCCCGUGCAGAGAUGGUCAAUGUAUUCUUGCAACUCGGGUAUGUGAUCGACAGAAUGACUGUUCCAGUGGUGAAGACGAGUUGAAUUGUCCUGGCUGCUUGGCGAAUGAGUUCCAGUGCAGAGAUGGUCAAUGCAUUGUUUCAAGCAAAAUAUGUAAUCGACAGAAUGACUGUUCCAGUGGUGAAGAUGAGUUGAGUUGCCCGUUUUGUUUGUCUACUGAGUUCCGGUGCAAUGAUGGCCAAUGUGUGUCUGCAACAAAACGAUGUAACAGAGUAGAUGAUUGCACUGGAGGUGACGAUGAACAUAAUUGCCAGGGCUGUAUCACUAAUGAGUUCACAUGUAAUGAUGGCAGCUGUAUUUUUUCCAUCCAAGUCUGUAAUCAACAGAACGACUGCCCAAAUGGAGAGGAUGAGCUAGAUUGCCUCAGCCAGAGUUGCCCAACCGGCAAGUCUGGGUGCCCUAAUGGUCAGUGUAUUAUCUCAGACCUGGUUUGUGAUGGCAAGAAUGAUUGCCCGUCAGGAGCAGAUGAAAUGAGCUGUUCAUCCUGUCAAGAUAAUGAGUUUGAAUGUGAUGAUGGGAGAUGUAUUGCAUCAAGUCAAGUCUGUAAUAAGCAGAAAGAUUGCGUUGGAGGGGAGGAUGAGCAAAAUUGUCCCAUUCCAGGUUGUCCGGACGGCCAGUUUCAGUGCAGCGAUGGAAUGUGCAUAAAGUCCCUGCAAGUCUGCGACAAGCAAAUGGACUGCGCAACAGGCGAGGAUGAACGCGACUGCCAAUCUCGGCCAUGUCUGUUAAAGGAGUUUGAGUGCGACGAUGGUACGUGUUUUCCUAGCUCUGUGGUUUGUGAUAAUAAAGUCGACUGCAGAACAGGCGAAGAUGAGGUGGACUGCUACGAAAGGUGUCCUGCUCAAUAUGAAUGUGUGAAUGGUCCUUGUAUUCCAAAGGAUAAGAAGUGUGAUUUAAUAGUGGACUGCCCAUUUGGUGAUGAUGAAGCUACGUGCUCGUACAAAAAUGGUCAAUGCUCCGACAACGAGUUUGAAUGCAACUCUGGGAACUGUAUUAAAUCAGGUUUUGUCUGCAACGGCAGGAAGGAUUGUGCACAAGGAGCAGACGAGGAGAACUGUGCUGUCAACAGGUGUCUUGGCCGAUUCGCUUGUCAAGGUGGGAGAUGCAUCACACUGACCGAGCUCUGUGAUGGUGAGCGGGAUUGCCCGCUUGGAGAUGAUGAGCUGAGCUGUGGUGCUAGCCCAGAGCCCUGCAAUGGUUACAGGUGUAGUAGCGGCCAGUGUAUACCAGCAGACGCUCGCUGUAAUGGCUGGCUAGACUGCUAUGGUGGAGUGGAUGAGGUGGGUUGUACAGUAGACCCAUGCAUGCAUCUCUUUGUCUGUGGAGAUGGGUACUGUAUCAACCCAACUCUUAUCUGCGAUGGGAAAUCAGAUUGUCUGAACGACAGAGACGAGCAGGGCUGCAGUCCGGAUCCGUGUCUUGGUAUGUUCAGGUGUGGUAGCGGUUCCUGCAUCGCUAUGUCUCUGUUAUGCAAUGGCCUCUCGGAUUGUCCUGAUGGAAUCGACGAACAGAGUUGCCCUAUAGUCAAUAAAUGUCCUGGUGCUUUUGAAUGUCGGAGCACAGGUGUCUGCGUUGUGUCCACUCUUGUAUGUGAUGCCCGUAAGGACUGUCCAGCGGGUGAAGAUGAACUUGGAUGCCCUGAUCAAACAUGCACAGCCAGCCAAUUCCGCUGCAAUGAUGGCACGUGCAUCUCCUCGGGUCUUGAGUGUAACGGCAUUCGCAACUGCGGCGGGAGCGCUGGAGAAGACGAAGGGAACUGUCAAAGUGUCCUCUGUGCUGUAAAUCAAUUCAGAUGUAACGAUGGAUCUUGUGUGUUCAGAAGGAAUCUCUGUGACGGGAUUUGGAACUGUGUGACGGGUGAGGACGAGAUGAAUUGCCCUCAAGGAUGUCUUGGUAAUCAGUUUGAGUGCAACAAUGGCGUGUGUAUUCCAGCGAACUGGCAUUGUGACAGACAGUAUUCAGAUUGCUCUGCGGGCGAGGAUGAGAUCGGCUGCCCCACGACAGUUCAGAACCCUUGCCCCAUCAAUCAGUUCGCAUGUAACUCCGGUACCUGCAUUUCAGCAAGUAGUCGAUGUGACGGGCUGUAUCGAGACUGUCCUAAUGGGGAGGAUGAAGUGCAAUGCCCCACGAGAUGCGGCUCGUACGAACUACAGUGUGGGAUAAAAUGUGUUUCUGCGGAUCACCUUUGUGAUGGGGUUGCAGACUGUUUACGCGGUGAAGAUGAGGUUCCAGCCACCUGCGACGAAUUUGCAGAAUUAGGCAACUGUGAUCCGCACUUCCAGUUUGCCUGCUACAAUGGCAGAUGUCUUUCAAGGGAGUAUGCGUGCGAUGGCAUAACUGACUGUUUGGGAGGCGAGGAUGAACGACUCUGCUACCAAAAUGCCCCAAACAUUUUAGGCGUGGUAUUAGAGCUUGGCCAGAAGUUCGCUGUGCUGAAGGAGAAAGUGCAGAUGUUGGAGGGACCAUUUCAGGAGGCUGAUGCCCUAAAAGUUGACCUUGAACAAGUCAUCAAGGAAUGCAUGACCACCCUGACUGGUAUAUUUGUCACCCUUGGCCUUGACGUCGACGAGUCAAGCAACCAACAACCGCCCACAACAGGACUCUCCAGCAGUGAGAUGGCUACCGAUCGACCAGCAGCCCAGACUAGACCACCAACUCUACCCUUCCCGCCUAGACCAAGCGUCAACUCACCACCACAAGAAAAUCCCUCAGGAGACGACGAUUCGACAUACGAAGUACUGCGAGAAGAAAACCUGGCUGCAGAGUUAAAUGAUGAAGACCAUAUCAUCGACGAAGAACUACGUGACGUGAAUAUGCUGGCUGUAAAGUCAAACUCUUCUAAGAAGAAAUCUCAGAAAAUGGAUAGAUUUGUUUCCUAUCGAAAAAAGCAACUCAAAAAGCUCAUGCUUAAGAAAAAUAACAGCAUUGGAUAAUUGGAAGCCACUAACGGCCACUGUAAUGUCCUGAUCUGACAAUGUGAUAAUCUAUAAGAAGGGUUAGCAAAGUUUGUGGAAGCAGCAUGAAAUAAUCUCUCCAAGCUUUGGUGGAUCAAAUUAUAUUUAGCAGUUGAUUAUUUAAAGUUGCUUGUCGAAAUGAAUUCUUUUAACAGUUGCCUCAAUAAUAGACGUAAGACAAUUCAACAUUGAAUUUAUGGCCCUUUUCGAAACGACUGGAUUUGGCUUUGGACCCAGCUCGGACUAGCUUGGCCCUGCCGGUCGUUUUGACAAUUGCGCGUGCUUUGUGAUGAGAGAAUUGAGCCUCAAGCCGAAGCCCGUGGUUUCGAAAAGGGCCUGUAUUUAAGAAGAUUUGUAACAAAAUAUGAUAUGAUGAAAUACACUUCAUAGAAUACAGGUUCAUUUUAUUGCAAUUUUUCUCUUCUGUUAAAAGCAGUGGACACUAUUUGUAAUUACUCAAAAUAAUUAUUAUCAUAAAACCUUUCUUGAUUACGAGUAAU